UACUUUACUUAUAGAAAAAUAAAAUGGUUUUAAAACAAUCCAGACAUUAACCAGAGUUGUUGAUAGAAAUUUGGAGUAUAAGUAGAAGAACACUAAGGAAGCUUCGUAAUCACAAACUUAUGCUUUUGUUUAUUUUUUGUUUCCUCAAUAGACAGUAUGUGUGACCGACCAAAGAUCCACGUCUUCCUGGGGGCUCCUCCUCCCUCCUCCUGCCCAGCCUCGGCGCCUGAAGCAGGGAUGGUGACAGAAGAUCAUCCCCCUGCUGGGUGGAGACACCUGGAGCUCACCUGGAGGGACGGGCGGCUCAGACCUGCAGCGGCCGAGCUUGGAAAUGAGGCGAGAUCAUCCAGAGAGGCAGAAAGAACCGACAGGGACGACGUGGAAUCACAAAGUCAGGACGAUCCAAUAAGCGCUGGAGAAACAAAACGAGGACAGGAAGGAGGAGCGGGGAAAUUAAAUCUCUGUUCCAACCCAAGUUCUCCGAGCACAGAUGUAGAACCGGGUUCCCCAAAGGAGGAUCAGUGCUCAGCUUCGGUUCAUGAGUAUCUGGACAGCUGUUUUCCCACAGCUCAAACAGGACUAGAAAAACCAGGACUUGAACCUGAACAAAAACCUAAACCUGAUCUCGAACUUGAACUUGAACCUGAAUCUGGACCUGGACCUGGGUCCGAUCACCAGCCGUCACCCGCCGUCCCUCCUCUGUCCAUCCAGACUCACUACCUCACCACCUGGACUCUGAGCCAGGCCUUGAUCCUGAGAGGCAGGCACACCGUCCAAUCAGCAUCCAGCUCUGAGAAGACUCCACCCAAACACAGCUAUACACCUCCGUCCGUCUCCUCCAGCACCCCUGAACUCUUCAGCCCCGCCACCCCAUCACCUGGAGCCUCGGCCGAGCUCUUCAGCCACCCAUGUCCGAGUCCGAGGACGGAGGAAGGAGGCGUUGUCCUCGAGGCCACCACAGAUGGCAUCUUCUGUUCUCAGGAGUCUAGAACAGUCCACGAUUCCCCCAUCAAGUCCCCUAGAAGCAAGAGAGCUCGAAUCUCCGAGGACUCCACGACUGAAGCACCUGACAGCACCACCACCACCGGGCUCCAAAGUCCCACCACGCUCCUGGCCCGGUGUGACAAAGCCGGGGUGCGAUACUCGAUUCUGGUGGCGGUGGUCUACCCCUCUCACCUGAAGGAGGUCAAGGUGAAGUCUGGACCAUCAGCGGGUACAUUCGUUCCUCUGGCAUCCAUCGUGGUGACGGACCAAUCAGGCGUUGAGAUGAAAGUGGUCCUCUGGCGGCGGGCGGCUUUCUGGACGUUGACUUUGAGUCCUGGAGACCUUCUGCUCAUCACAGGGCUGCAGGUGCACGAGGACAGGUGGAGAGGAGAGACGGUGCUGCAGUCGACCUUCAGCAGCAAACUGCUCAACCUGGGCCAGAUCACCGCCUCCACCUCACCUCCAGUUUCCCAGCAUGUUGCUGCUCGUUCUCUCAGCUCUCUGUGUGGUUUUCUUCGGGAGCAGCGCCCCCUGCUGGCGUCUUUACCCCGCCGCCCCCCUCAGGACCUGAGCCGCCUCCCCUACGCCACCCUGAGGUCACUGAGGGUCAACACGCUGGUUCACGCCCUGCUGCGCGUCACACACACACACAUCAGCUCAGAGUGGCGCAGUGAAGCGGAAUCUCGCAGCAGGUCGGCAGUCCAGCUGAAGGCCAUGGUGACAGUGGAGCAGCCGGGCGGCCAGCAGGGGGCGCUGCUGCUGUGGGGAUCAGCUGUGGACUGGCUGCCUCGCUUCAGCAGAGACAGAGCGACUGUCUGGGAUUUCCACGUCCUCCUGGUGAGGGACGGUUUGACCUCCAACCUUCCAGAGCUGCACUCCACCCCCUGGAGCUCCGUCCGGGCCGUGGACAAAACCGACCGCCGGGUGCAGGACUUCCACCGGACGUACCACCACCAGAAAGACGGCAGCAGUGGCGACGGCGCUCUGGAGCUGGACAUCGACACGCUACUGUCUCAGAAAUACAGCGGUGAGGUGGAGCUCAGAGUCCAGCUCAUUACCUUCCGCUUCCAAGAUGCUCUGCCUUCCCAGAAUGCACCUCAACCGGUCCUGGACAGUUCCACACUGCUGGACGGGAUUGUGGACGUGUUAAGCGGUGACAUCACCUACACCGGCUGCGGGCGCUGCUCCGCUGAGCUCGACACCGAUGCCAAUGGCAUCUACAGCCCCUGUUACCCCUGUCUGCCCCACACCGCCGUACGCCGCUACUACAGGCCAGGUGUGCUGACGGUGAGUGGGCGGGGCUGCAGCCAGGUGUGUGUUCAGGUUCCUCCUGUUCCUCUGCAGAAGAUCCUCGAAGCUCCUCCUGAUAGACUCCAUCGGAGCUCAGCUCCAGGCUCGGAGGUGAAGCUCAUCCAGGUGGCAGCAGAGAGAAUCCAGACCCUCCUCCGCCUCCCGAGGAAAACCUUCGUCAUCACCAUCCGAAGCCACUUCCUGUGUGACGAGAACAGCGUCCCCAUCAGUCAGGACUUCACGCUGCUGGACCUUCAGUUCCCCAGCUGACCUCCAUCAGUAUCAGCUGCAUGAAGCCUCAUUCACAUCUGACCGCUGGACUGCAGUUGACUGGAUCUGAAACUCUAUAAGACUCUCAAGGCCAUUUUAUUGAGCCUUUGAAAAACCAACUAUGCAAGAACAAGCGUAGAACGAUUGGAAUAAUCAGUGUGUUUAUCCGCUCUAAUGUGAGCUGCUACAUUAAAGCGCAAAAUUAAUUAUUUACACUAGUUUGUGGGGUUAGAAAAUCCGGAGACACACCCCAACUGGAAACGACGCUAAACAGUCUGUUAACUAGAGAAAUUUGAUAUUUUAAAGCAAGACUAAUCUGUCAAUUAGAAGCAAAAAUGACCUGAGAGGUUUUCUUGAAAUUAGCAUGAAGAAAUAACCACUGCCAAAAUGAUCUAAACUUAAAACUAGGCGAUUUUUGAAUCAUGUUAGACAAGUUUAUGUAAUUUAGGGCAAGUUUUGAGUCAUUUUGGACAAGUUGCAAGUUAUUUUGGACAAAUUUGAGUGAUUCUAGAUUAGUUUCAAGUUAUUUUUGACACGUUUUGGAUAAAUUUCAAAUUAUUCUGGACAUUCUUGGUGUCAUUUUGAACAUGUUUGAGUAAUUAUGGAAAAGUUUCAAGUUGGUUUGGACAAUUUUUUUAUUAGUUUUGGCACGUUUGUCAUUUUGGACACUUUAAUUGUUAACAAGCUUUGCCAUUUUGGAUAUAAAAACACUAAAAUCAGAUUUAGUUUUAAAGCAAAGCCCCAGACUCGAAAAAGAAAAUCAUCUGUGCUUAAACUGCAAUACGUUUUAAUAUGAUGUGAAAAGACAAAAAUGUACAUAACAGUUUACAUGCAGAAUUCCAGCAGUUAGCAUCACUGAUGUGCACAAAGUGUAAGAUGACAUUUGCUAACAUUUCUGAAGUGGUUUCAAUGUAAUCUGCCCACCAUGCAAAUCAGUAAAUUUAGUCAAAUAUA